CACAGUGAUGCUGUUCUCUCCCUCCAGGCAGCUCCACACUCCCACCAACCUCCUCCUCCUCUCUCUGGCUGUCUGUGAUUUCUUCGUUGGUCUCAUUGUGAUGCCAAUCCAGACUCUUUUAACAGAACCAUGUUGGCUCCUUGGUGAUCUGUUGUGUGUUUUGUGUAAUUUGGUUGCUUCUAUUAUUGUCUGUUCCUCGAUAGUAAACAUGGUGCUGAUCUCAGUGGAACGUUUCGUUGCCAUCUGUCACCCUCUGAGUUACCACAACAGGGUUACAGAAAAAAAAGUUAGAAUCUUUAUUUUUCUGUGUUGGAUUUACGGUGUUCUCUACAGCCUUUCAAUUCUAAGUGAUAACCUGAAACAACCUGGCAGAUUUACCUCCUGUUAUGGUGAAUGUGUGAUUAGCAUAAAUGGAGAUGCUGACCUGGUUUUAAGCUUCAUUGCCCCCAUCUCAGCCAUCAUCAUCCUGUAUGUGAGGGUGUUUGUGGUGGCUGUGUCUCAGGCUCGUUCCCUGCGCUCCCACGUUGCAGCUGUUAAACUGCAGCGUUCACUGACUGUGAUUGUUCAUAAAUCAGAGCUGAAAGCAGCCAGGACUCUGGGUGUAGUUGUUGCUGUGUUCCUAAUGUGUUACUGUCCAUAUUAUUGUGUGUCUCUUUCUGGCUCUGAUCUGAUGUUCGGUUCACCGCCUGAGAUCAUCGUGUUUUUCAUAAUGUGUUGUAAUUCCUGUCUAAAUCCCCUAAUUUAUGCUUUUUUGUAUCCCUGGUUUAGAAAAUCUGUCAAACUCAUUGUUACACUUCAGAUUUUAAAGCCUAACUCUUAUGCAGGUAAUGUUAUUUAGUCCAUAGAAGCAUUACCACUUUCCUAUUGUUUUUGUCACAUCAUCUAAUAUUUACAGAAGAUACUAUAUGCUCUGUCAUGAACCUAACUCUUGAGCACGUAAUGUUAUUUAGUGCAUAAUGUUCUGUAGUCCAGAAGCAGUUCUGUUUUCGUUUUGUUGUUUUCACAUCCUCUGUUCUUUACAGAAGACACUAAGUGCUCUGCCAUGUGCUCCAGUGUCAUAGAAACACUUUUCUUAUUAUUAUCUUAUCUAAAUUCUUAUAUUUUCUGUAUUUAUACACCAAUAAACUACAACACAAACAGAA